AUGGUCACAGCUAUGUGCUCUGGGAUGAGCAUAAUUACAUGCGGGUUUGUGAUCAUAACCCAAGGACCAUCUCUGAAACUUACGUUCGACCGCGAGCGACAACGUUUCCUAGCUUUCGUCAGUUUAUUGGCGGCUAUUUUCGGCCUAUUUGGGAAUGGAUUUCAGCUUAGCGACCACCCAAAAUCUGCCGGGGAGUCAACUGCUUCUUUCUUUUUCAAUUGGCUGGUCCAGCUUGGGUUUGCUGGGAUUGCACAUAAUAGCAUCAUCAGGCUUCUUACUGCCCGCGCAAAGUCCCCUGCUCCCGAUUUGAUAAAGCGCACUUCCAGGCUAUGUUGUAUCUUCUAUCUCCUCACUUUGCCUGUGAUGGCGCCUACCUUUAUAUCCCUGAUUCAUCCUGCGCGCUCAUCUGUCAAGGUCGUUGCACGGGAUAUGAACAUUACCUACGUCUGCGUCGUCGAAGCUCUGGCAACAGUUGCUGAUGUUACCUUGCUGUGGAGAUUCACAAAUAACAAGGAGCAUGGACACGAGACUCGAAAGAAAAUGAUUCAAGACAUGUGGAUUGUUUACGCCUUUAUUUGGUUCACAAUCGGUGCCGAUAUCUUUGCAAAGGCCAGUGAAUUUUUUACAACGUACAAGUCAUGCAGUUGA